CAGGGCACCAGUCUAAUCAAUUCUAUAGCAAAACAAACUGGAGAAUCUUGUAAAGUCAUGCAUUUUCUUGUUGUUAUCCUCCACUAAUUUUGAGUGAUUGCACGAGAAUGUCUCGCAAACGGGACCCACUGGAAUUGUUCAACGCAAAAGACGGCCAAAAUACGCAGCUGGUUCUCGAUAAAUGUCUGGUGAAGGCUUGCAACGAGGGCGACAUUGACACCGUCAUUGAUUUGCUGCAGAAGGGAGCAUCAGUAGAGGCUGAAGCGUUCACUGAGCAUGAGGCUCUGUCUGGUGAGAACUACACCACGCCACUCAUGGGGGCAGCUCAAGCCAGCAAGCAUCAGCAUAAGAUAGCUGGCAUACUGCUGGAAAACGGAGCUGACGUGAACAUUGGCGAUCGUUACAAAGUGACUCCGCUCCAUGUUGCCUGCGUGAACGGCUACAGGGAUUGCGUCAGGCUGUUUAUUGACUCUGGAGCUAACGUCAACGCUGGCACCUUGGACUACAACAGACCAGGGGUCUACCGAAAGCCCUACCGAGGGCAAAGCACUCCCCUCCACCUAGCAGCGAGGGACAGUCAAGUGGCAUGCGUCGAGGAGCUCCUCUCCCACGGACAGGCCGACUACAACAAACGAGACGCGUACGGCUGCACUUGCCUGAACUGGGCCGCCCAGAGCGCUAGUGAGGAAUGUGUCAUGACGAUACUCCGACUGACUGAAGGAUCACGGAUCUUCUCAACCUCAGUAGCUGGCACGGGUGACUACCCGCUUCACGACUGUGUGCGCCGGAGCUUCGUUAAGUGCGUGCGAGAGCUGCUGCUACGCGGCGCUGAUGUCAACCAGCAGAACGCCAUCGGACUCAGCGCCCUACACUUUGCGGCCGUCCCUUCGCCGCACUCCUCACCAGAGAUGAUGGAGACCUUAGUGACGUAUGCCAACGAGUUGGAUGUGGAUCAACCUGUGGGAGCGUGUGGCUCUGCACGAUUACGGCAUGGAAUGUCAGGUAUCAAACCCCUUCAGCUUGUAGCCUUCGAUCCAGACGUGGACAUCCACUUGCACGCGUUCCACACCGCCGAGUUCCGCCUCAGCCGCACCUUCAAACUCAUGACCUCUGACCCCAGGCGACCUAUGCGCCGACCCCAGUGCGCGGUCCACCUGAUCCGGUACGGGGCCGAUAUCAAUAUCACCUACCAGGGACAGACGCUACUCCAACAGGAAGUGUAUAAUCAAGACGGCGCGGACGACUCGUUACUGACAGCCGUCGUACGAGCAGCUUGCAUCCUCCCGGUCCCGGACAGACCACCCGGCAUGUGUCCCGAAGACGUCAGCGAGAGAGCCAAGGAGAAACUCAAGUGGCUCAAGGAAGUCUUCAGUUCGCCGAGGAGUUUACAGCAGUGCUGCCGGGUCGCUGUCCGGAGGCUACUCGGUGUCAAGAGAAUCAACAGGGUAGCAGAGCUGCCUUUACCAUUGUCACUUCAAGAUUACUUGUUGCUUAAAACCUGACCCCAAAUGCCUGGUCGUUGCUUCUAGGACCCUUCCUGAAGCCUUUGAAAUCCUCAACUGUCCAGAAAAACCAGUGUCGCAUCCAUUGUACUUUGAAAUUUCAACUUUCAAGCCCCAUGUAAUGUACAAGUGGCCGAGCUGUAAUACCUCCCACAAUCCUACAAAAUCCAUCAAAAUCCGGUGGAGUUUGAUGGUUCUGGGAUGAUGAGGGUCAAUGACUACCCCCUUCGGUGGAGACACUGUAAUGUUUCAUAUUUUAAGCAUCCUACAAAAUUCUUCAAAAUUGAUGGAAUUUGAAGGAUCUGGGAGGAUAAGGAUCAGUGCCUUUCACCUGUUGGAGGUAAGGAUUAAGCCCAGCAAGAAAGAACACAAUGGUGCUUGGGCGUGCCAUGUACGAACAUUUCGGUUGUGAUGCACCAACCACAACAGUGUCCUUCAGUGAGCCGCCAUUUUCAAGAAAAUAACUGCAAAACCAACGCCGUCUGUUGCACCACAAGACACUUCCGACUUCAAAUGAUGAAUAUUCAAUGAAAGUGGACAGGGACAGUACUUCUGUAAACGCAAAUAGUUUAUUUUAUGCAGUUGUACAAACGAAACUCCAAAUGUACAAAUUGUAUUAAUCACCACCACUUUGGUUUUAUUUUUAAAAAAAAAUCAAGCAGUUGUUUCUGCUUCUUGAGGUGCACAAGCUUGGUUUACAGUAUAACUAAAUUAUCAGUACUAGAAAUACUGCUUGAUAUGUAUUGGUACAAAUGUAGCAAUUGUUUCUUUAAGUGAAAUUAACUCCUGGUAUAAUAUACGUAUACAUGGAUUGUCUCAGAACACUGAAAUAAAACAGUGAAAACUAG